AUGGAUUGCUUGGAACGCACCCACCACGCCGGCUCGGCAAGCGAACGGGAGGCCAUGCUGGCCGAUGACUACAUGUUCGGCUUCAUGGUCAAGGAUGAUGUCGAACGGGAGUUCUUGGGCCACAUGGCCGUACACCGCGGGGCGCCCGAAGAGCACAUGGAAGUAUUCAUUCGCCACAGUCUGCUCCGGGGCAUCGAGCAAUUCGAGCAGAUGCUCAGAUGCGCCCUGUCGUUGAAAGAGAAGGCUUCUAUCGAGAACCCACUAGACGGACAGGAUGUUCUCACGUAUCUCGGCAAGAUAUUCCCACCACCUGAGACUGCCACCGAGGAGACCGUGGAGGAACCGUCAUUGCCGGCUGAAGAGGGGAUUCACACACAGAAGCCGAACAUAGGCAGAAAGAGGAAAGCAAGCAGUAAUCAGCAGCAGCCAGGCUCGAAGGCUGCAAUCAAGAGAUCCAAGAAGGAGAAGCAAUCACCUUUCUUCCUCGAACCCCAAGCGCAGUCUCAGAGCCAGCAACCUAGCCAGGGCGAAAGUCCUGCAGACAAGCGCAUGGGCAAGAAGGCAAGAAGAAGGACCAGAAAAGCCAGAGAAUCCGCAGGAGCAACCGAGAAUACUCCUCAAAAAAGUGAGCCCGGGCCUAGGUUUCCGGUUCUCCAAGAAGCUGCCAGUUGGUAUCGAAGCGAUGACAACGUCGUUGCCCCCGAGCUAGCGGAGAACGAUACCCAGGGGUCUAUGAGUGGACCAGACGAUGGGGUCCCAGACUGUACUGCCCGUGAGCAGGUCAGUGACGGUGCCGAGUUGGAUAUCUCCCCAGGCGGCCCCCAUCCGUCACCAAUGCCUCCUGGCAUGGCUAGUGCAUUUUUAGAUACAAGGGACGCAGCUCUAUUGGCCAUAAACGAAGACGAAAAGCCGGCAAGAGCAGAUAAACUUUCAGAGUCUCUAGAUGACGCACUUCCCCCGUCACCUAUUUCCCAGCCACUGAAGCAAACACCAAAGCGUACAGCGAAGUCUCCUUACUUCAACACCCCCAGCACAUCCAGCCCUCGCAAGCCGAAGAGUCCGCGCCCGCCUCGCGGUACGGUCUCCUGCCUCCCCUUUCCCCGCCUGGACGCACCGCGAUUCGGUCUCUUCCAGGAGGAGCUCGCGGACGACCCCUUCCGUCUGCUGCUAGCCGUGACCUUCUUGAUCCGUACCACAGGCCGGGCCGCCAUCCCGGUGUUCCGCCAGGUCAUGGAGAAAUAUCCCACCCCGCAGGACCUCGUGGACGCGGACACGGACGACAUAGUGGCCACGAUAAGACAUCUCGGUCUCGGCGUGGUCCGCGCCGCCACGAUCCAGAAAUACGCCCGCAUUUGGCUCGAGAACCCCCCGCGGGCUGACGUCCGGUACGGCGUGAAGAACUAUCCGGCGCCCGGCGACGGCGCCUCAAUGCGCGCAGGCGAGGUUGUGGUGGCAGCGGCAGCGGCAGCCCCGGAGGACCAAAACGGAGCAGGUGCCCCGCUACACCCACACCAGACUGAGGAGACCCAGGACCAGGACCCGCGCCUCUCGGCCUGGGAGAUCGGCCACAUGACGCAAGGUAGGUACGCGCUCGACAGCUGGCGCAUCUUCUGCCGGGACGUGCUGCUGCAACGAGCCCAAGACUGGCAGGGCGCCGGGCGCGAGGGCGAGUUCCAGCCCGAGUGGAUGCGUGUGCUACCCCAAGACAAAGAGUUACGAGCCUAUCUGCGCUGGAUGUACAUGCUCGAGGGCUGGCAGUGGGACCCGCGGACCGGCGAGAAGGAGGUGUUGUCGGAUCAGCUGCGGAGGGCGGUGCAGGAAGGGCGGGUGGCGUGGGAUGAUUCGGGCGAUUUGAAGAUAUUGCCUGUCGGGUUGGACGUCGCUGGUUGA